AUAUAAUCCAUCGUCGGCUACUAUAUAAUAGUGUAUGUAUGGACUAGUUGUUUGACCAUUGCAAUCUCUCUUUCCCCGCUCUUCGAACAGUCCCUCUCUCUUCUCAUCUCAUCUCACUUUCUUCUUCUCUCUCUCUCUCCCCACCCCACUUGCGCACUCGCGACGCCACGCGACGGUGUUUAAACCGGUACCGGUUUUCUUUACCGUGCCCCAUACCGGUUUAAUCCAGAUUCAGUCCUGCCAUGGUGGAAGGGGGAGGAAGAAGAAGAAGAAGAUCCUUACUCUCCUUUGAACUUGCUCUCCUUUUCCUCUGUUUCUCCUUCGCGUCUCCCCGGGCUCUCCCUGAUUCGGAUCUGUUAGACGAAACCCUCGGCAACUCCUCCGUCGCAUCUCUGAACGAUUCUUCUCUUGUUAAGCCCAAGGAAGGUAGCUUCGCCGACAUCAUCGAUCGCGCUCUCGAAAAGGAGUUCAACGAUAGCGACCAGAAUGAAGUGGCCGAUCCUGGAAGCUUCAACAACAGUGUAGCUGGACAGCAGGCUGUUCUGGAAACUGUAGCCAGAGUAAAGACAACAAAGAAAAAUGAGACAAAAGAGGAGAAGCGAUUCCAACUCCAUGAUGUUUUCAACUUGGACAAUGAUAACAGAGCUGAGGAUACUCCGACUCUGAUUGAUCGAAAAGACAAUGUCUUCAUCAUAUCCAAUUUCAAAUCCAAGUAUCCAGUAUUGCAGCUAGACUUGAGACUGAUAUCAGACCUGGUGGUUGUCAUUGUGUCUGCAACUUGCGGUGGUAUCGCCUUUGCUUGUGCUGGACAGCCGGUGAUAACUGGAUAUUUGCUAGCAGGAUCUAUCAUUGGGCCUGGAGGAUUGAACUUCAUCAGUGAGAUGGUCCAGGUUGAAACAGUCGCCCAGUUUGGUGUGGUAUUCCUGCUCUUCGCAUUGGGUCUAGAGUUCUCCACUGCUAAGCUUCGAGUUGUUCGAUCAGUUGCUGUUCUGGGAGGCCUUCUUCAAAUUCUUCUUUUUAUGUUCUUGUGCGGAAUCACAGUGUCGUUAUGUGGUGGUAAACGUUCGGAGGGUGUAUUUGUAGGAGCAUUUCUGUCAAUGUCAUCAACCGCGGUGGUGCUGAAGUUUCUCAUGGAAAAAAAUUCAACUAAUUCUCUUCAUGGCCAAGUUACAAUUGGAACCCUAAUUCUUCAGGACUGUGCUGUGGGUCUGCUGUUUGCUUUGCUUCCAGUUCUUGGGGGAAAUUCUGGCAUUGUUGAGGGAGUAUUCUCAAUGGCAAAAGUGGCGGUUGUGUUGCUUUCGUUUUUGGCUGUUCUGUCAAUAUUAUCACGGACAUGUAUCCCUUGGUUGCUGAAGCUAAUGGUCAGCUUAUCGUCACAGACAAAUGAACUCUAUCAGUUAGCCGCUGUUGCGUUUUGUCUACUUGUAGCCUGGUGUAGUGAUAAGCUGGGAUUAAGCCUUGAACUGGGUUCUUUUGCUGCCGGGGUCAUGAUAUCAACUACGGAUCUCGCUGAACAUACGUUGGAGCAAAUCGAACCCAUCCGUAAUCUAUUUGCUGCUCUUUUCCUAGCCAGCAUCGGAAUGUUGGUUAAUGUCCAUUUUCUGUGGACCCAUGUGGAUAUACUGUUAGCCUCUGUAAUAUUAGUAAUUAUUAUAAAGACAACGAUAGUUACAACAGUUGUCAAGGGAUUUGGAUACAACAACAAGACUGCUCUCCUGGUUGGAAUAUCUUUGGCUCAGAUAGGGGAGUUUGCCUUUGUACUACUUAGCCGUGCCUCCAAUCUUCACCUCAUCGAGGGGAAACUCUACUUGCUUCUCCUCGGGACAACCGCUCUUAGCCUGGUUACAACACCUCUGGUUUUCAAAGUGAUACCAGCGGUUGUGCAUCUUGGAGUACUGUUAAGGUGGUUUUCUCCAGAGAGCUCUAUAGAGGUAAAGAAAGGAGAAAUUGUAAGAUCAGAAAGUGGUAAACAACGGAUGUCACGCCAAUCUCACAAUUCCUAAUACCAGAAUUUUCUUCUCAGGUGAAGUAAGUUUUGGAAUACCAAAUUUUGACAAAAGACAUCUGUGAAGGGAAAAAAAGAAUAUUUUAACACUAACAUUGUUUGCUUCCUCCUCAAAUUCACUGACCUCUGCCCUUCUUACACAACCCAUUUGUUUCCCUUGUAAUUAGAGAGAGUAUUGUUUCUUUUUCUCUUUCCUUAAUUGUUGUAAUCUGUAAUAAACAUUUAAUCAAUCUUUCUAUUACGGUACAAGAA